UUGCAACUCCAUGUCAGAAAUUAGACUGUGUUUCGUGCAACGUGAGGAGUGCUUCACUUCCCCAACAUUUGAACAUAGACAAAUGCGCAAAUGGACGAUCUCAAGCAUCUCAUCACCCCCGCCUUGCUCAACCUCCUCGUUGAGGCGCGUAUCCCCUUCGCGCCGACUGGGCCCCUUGAUUUCUCGCAUGUCGGGCGGGAGACAUUCCUGGAGUACAACUUUGGCCCAAAGGUCGAAGCUACUGCAUGGCCUGCCCUCAUCGCCCUCAGCAAAGCCGGCCUGGACAACCUCAGCCCUGAAUACUUGAUGACCAACUUUCUGCCGUCCCCGACGGGCACUGACUUCCCCCGACAGUGUCUGGGGCUGCAGCUUCUCCUGGACCAGGUUCCGCGAGCGCUCUGCAGCGGCGUCGACGGGAGGUGGAGGUCGUGCUACUUUGACGUGGUGAGCCAGCGAUUCGCGAGGUCGUGGCUGGCCUUGCCCGCCGACCAGAGGCCGGACUCGAUGCACCGCUGGUGCAACGAGCUGGGCGUGUCGUUCGACUACUGGACGUGUGUCCGGUUCUGGCUCGGCGCCCCGUUCGUCCACUCCGAAUCAAUGGAGAACCAAGAGAUUGCCCUGGACUUCACGGACACGACCCGCAAAGCCGUUGAGGAUAAGACUGGGUUGAGGGAUCCGUGGAGAGCGAGGCGUGAUGAGGUCCUCUCGGACCUUGACGGCUUCCCACGUUGCCUUGUCGCUGGACCGCCACAGGGCGAAACUGUGACCUUGGAAACGUGGUCUUGGUGGUGGACGAUGCUUAUGGAUAUCCAUAAACCAAUAAUCGACCGGUUUGGCAGAUAUCCGUACAUGAAUGCAGUUCGUGGACGUGAGAGUACGAAGGAGGAGCUGGACUGGGUCCAGAGGACAGAUCUCUUUCGUCAAGACUCACCAGACGUUGCGAGGCAACUUGCGGAGGAUUACGGGGCCGGGGUAUGGCAGCCACUCGGGGCCGGGAGGUGA